UUUCCCUCUACGCUCAUGUUCACCCUCGACCAAGUCGCGGCUCACAACAAACCUACCGACUGCUGGGUUAUCAUUGCUAACCGGGUCUAUGAUGUAACAGACUUCCUCAAGGAACACCCAGGUGGUGCCAGCAUUAUCCUGAAAUAUGCGGGGAAGGACGCUACUCAAGCAUACGCCCCAAUUCACCCCUCCGAUGCAUUAGAAAAGAACCUGCCCCCAGAAAAGCAUCUUGGGCCUCUUACUGAGAGCGCUGCCCGUCACAUGGCUGAGCAACAGAGCCGUGAGAAAAGCAAAGAUGAAAUGAGAGUAGAAAAAGCUCUUCUACAUCGCCCUCCACUUAGCCGGAUUCUUAACUUGGCUGACAUGGAGGUAGUUGCGCGCCAAGUGCUAUCCCAUAAAGCAGAGGCCUAUUACAGUUCUGCAGCUGACGAUCAUAUAACUACAUCUGAGAAUGCCCGUGCGUUCUCGCGGUUUUACUUUCACCCACGCGUUAUGCGACCUGUCGCGAAAUGCGAUCCAUCAACUAGUAUACUUGGCUUCAAGUCAUCAAUUCCAGUCUUCGUCUCCGGAGCAGCGCUGGCGAAACUGGGUCACCCUCUCGGUGAAAUAAACAUUACGCGAGGCGCUGCUAGGACGUCUAUUAUUCAGAUGGUGUCCUCCAAUGCGUCCAUGUCGUUUUCCGAGAUUAUGGGUGCCGCCUCACCUACGCAACCGCUUUUCUUCCAGUUGUACAAACACUCGAACACCGCCAUAGCUGAAGAACGUGUAAGAGAAGUUGAACGACUUGGCUAUAAGGCCAUCUUCUUGACCGUGGACGCUGUAGUGGCAGGAAAUCGCGAGAAAGAUAUUCGGAGUCCUUGGGCUCUUGAGGACCUCGAACGGGGCUCCCCGAAGGUUCAUAUCGACGGGGAAGAUGGACUGGAAGAUUCAGGGCUGGGGACGGCUGGCGCCUUGAUCGCCAAUGAUGACCGCGAAAUGACAUGGGAGAAGACCAUCCCUUGGUUGCGCAGUAUUACUAAGCUGCCUAUCGUCGUCAAGGGUGUUCAAUGCGUGCAGGAUGCUGUUCUCGCCGUUGAGGCCGGCGUCGAUGGAAUCCUGCUUUCGAAUCACGGGGGAAGACAAUUAGAGUACUCGCUUCCCCCCAUCGAGGUCUUGUAUCGACUCAGGAAGCAGAGACCAGAUGUAUUUGAGAAAACGGAGGUCUACAUUGAUGGUGGGAUUCAGCGCGGGACAGAUGUACUUAAGGCCCUGUGUCUUGGCGCAACUGCCGUUGGCCUUGGUCGUCCAUUCCUAUACGCUCAAAGUGCAUACGGAGAAGAUGGAGUUGUCAAAAUUGUGCAGAUACUACAGCGGGAGAUAGUCUCAGGCAUGCAUGGCCUGGGUGCUUCCCGUAUACGAGAUCUGAUUCCAGACAUGGCAACCCCCGUUGUGCCUUGGAACCAGAACAACCCUCGAGAGAAGAGCCAGGAUCGAUGGUCAAAGACAUAUGUUUCCAAGGACAGAGAAUCGAGUCCCACACGACAAUCACAAGCUCCUCCCCCAUCUCAAGAACCCUCCUCCCCCAGGUCUACUACAUCUUCUUCCCCUACCAAACGUUUCCCUCGUCCACUUUCCCAAUCAUCCGCUCCUUCUCAACUCAGCAACCGCGUGUCGGCUCACAUUACUUCUUCCACCUCCUCUCAGACCAAUCGACCUCCCUCUCCACUGAAAUAUUCAUCCCUGGCUGCCCCCGAGUCUGGCAUCCUGCCCUCCCCCCAUGAUGCCACUCUCUCCAAAGUCUAUGGCUCUGUUUUACAACCUCGUGAAACGCUUCCAGUGCAAGCUUGUGCUAACUGCAACACCCCAUUUGUUGCGCCAACAACAUCGACAAUAUAUCCAGACCCGUAUGGGGCGACUACGCCUGGGCCGCCACGUUUCUUCUGCCGCAGUUGCUUUAUUUCGAAUGGCGGAUCUCGGGGUCCAUGCGCGGAAUGCUCUCGUCCUGUGCUUAUUCUCAAGUCAGAAGGGGGUUUUGUUCACGCAGGCGACAAGUAUUGGCAUAAGAAAUGUUUCAACUGUAUAGGCUGCGACAAGAGUAUCGGCGAUUCACCAAUGCUUGACCUCCUCGGACGCCCAACCUGUCAUGAGUGUUUUGACACUUGUUUGGAGCGCGAUGCGACAACGCCAAAGAAGACUCAUAGCGCCACAAGCACCCCCGGACGAGUCGAUCGACAUCAAAGUCGAGAGGGCAGUCCCGCUUUGGAAGAACUCGAGCAGAGGUUGGGGAUUAUCAAGAAUCGCGAACCCAGUCCGGCCUUGGAGGAGUUGUCAUACCGUCUUAGCAUGAUAGGGAAGGACAGCCCUACACGAAGCCCUUUGGCUACUUCAGGCUCUCGGUAUUCUGUCUCCAGCCGGGAAACUAGCCCUCUUGUUGUCCGAUCUCGCACAAAGAGUGAUCCCUCUUUGAGUUUUGACAAUAGCCCUGCCAGGCGUUACGAGCGAUUCCGUAGUCCAGAACCUGAUGACCGCUCUCCAUCUCCAUCGAAGCGCUACUCUACCUCUGGAGCCGCAAGCCCUCUCCGUGAUAGCCCAAACACGCGACCCGCUGAAGAGGCUAUUGAAGAAAUGAAGCGUCGGUUUAUGAAAAGCUCCUCGAAUUCACCGGCAGCGUCAACUAGCUCGACUCCACCCCUCGCCAAACCUCGACUUCGAUCUUCCCGUUCCUCUGGCCGGCUUUCAACCCCAUCGACUCCUGAUUUAACUUCAGAUUCGUCAGACGCGACUUCGUCCGUUGGACCAGAUUCACCUCCUAGAUCAGAAUACUCGGAUGUCUUCAGCACCUCCAAAGUCCAUCCUCAUAGUUAUAGCAAUCGACCCAGUCACCUUCUGGGGAGUGAAGAUAUCAUUGCAGAAGAAACGAGUAGUCAGAUGACUACCCCUGUCCACACUCCCAAAUCUUCCGUGAAGGAAACAACAACUCAUGCAAAGAGCCCCAUCCCGUUCUCGACCUCUCUCACAUCCAAAUCUCCGAAAACUCCAUCCAAGUCACCGGGGCCAACAACACCGACGAAAAACACAUCUAAGUCUCCGAAACGCCUUUCGAUUGCUUCAGUCUCGGAAUCAACCACUUGCGUCAAAUGCCUGCAAUCUCUUUUCUCGGUCGGCGAAGGAGGCCGUUACGUUACAGUUCCGAACGAACUUUCCGGAGAACCAGAAUCAUAUCACUCCAAAUGUUUUACUUGCGUUAUGUGCAGUUUACCUUUCAAAGAAGGGAGCGCAGGUCAAGCAUUAUUUGUGAAAGGCGUCGAUGGCCCAGCUCACGUUGAGUGUGCGCCCCCUCAGAAGAUUUCCAUCAAAUCCCGGCCUACAACUGCCUUGCCAGGGGUAUCUAUUUUCGCAUCCAAGGCCGCACCUACUCGGCCUACUGAGAGCAACAAAUUCGAGCGUCCACCAAUGACUGCUCCUCCAACCUCUACGCCAAUGACAUUCCCGCGUUUUGGAGGCUCCAACUCGUGUCCAGGCUGCAAUGUCUCCGUUUCUCCGAUGGAGCGAGGAGUAGUACCUGGGCCUCAGGGUUCUCGAUGGCACGCUUCGUGCCUUGUUUGCGGGGGCAAAAAGCCGCCAACAAAAUCAUGGGCAUUCCGCGAUGAAAAGAAGAAGGGGGUACCCGGCUGUGGUAAAAAACUUGAUAGUGCCGCAAAGCGGGAUGUUGAAGGUCGUGUUUGGUGUCGAGAGUGCUCACUUCUAUUGCCUAUGGAAAUCAGAGCUUCGCCGCAAAGCUCGCCAACACGCACACCAAUCGUGCCUACUUACACUGGCUCCGGGAAGAUUGUCCCGCAGACGACGGGAACAACGACCAUCGCUCGCCAAAUCACUGGUCACGGGAAUGAUCCCUCUAUCUUUCGACAGCUUACAGGUGUGGAGGAGACCCAGCGUUAA